AUGGAAAUUGUCCCGCCGCCUUUUCGAUUUGGGGCGGUCGAGGCCGACGUGUUUCGAUCCGCGCAGCCGACACUCAAGAAUUAUCGGUUCCUCUCCAGGUUGAAGCUUCGCACGGUGGUGUCGAUAGCGCCGGAGGGACCGAUGGAAGACGAGGCCAUGUUUUGCAGGGAACACUCGGCGCAACUAGUGCCGGUUCGCGCCGAGUUGUACCGUGAAGAGGCGGUAACGGUGUCGUGUCAGCAGGUGGCGCAGGUUCUGUCCAUUCUUGCCGACAAGGACAGGCUGCCGGCCCUGGUCCACUGCCCCGAUGGUCGCGUUCUGAGCGGGGUCGUGCUGUGGUGCCUGAGGCGGCUGCAGUGCUGGGACGAUCGGGCUUCCGCCGCGGAGUUCGCCCGGUUCUCCGGUGUCCUGCCCUCGAGAGAGGUGGAAAAGUUCGUGGAGAGCUACGGGGAAGAGGUCACCGUUCCGGCGAACGUUCCUAGGUGGCUGUGGGGGGGGGACAGGGCGCACUGGCACCCGUGCAUUCGGAUCCGGCAUCAGCCGCCGCUGGAAGUGUUCGAGCCGGACCCUCUCCCUUCCCAACAGACGCUCAGACUCGGCGAGACGCGGCGGCUCCGAAAGCCGAGCAGGGGCGAGGUCUACACGAGGACGGACUAUCUUCGAGUGCGGCGGGACUACAUGCACGCAAAAAAUAAGAUCCCUGGGGGAGGCGGGGGCGGCGGAGGCGGCGGGGGGGCGGGGGGGAGGGGAGGGAGCGGGAGCGUUGGCGCCAGGGGACAGGGGACGGGCUCGUCGAGGACAUCAACAUGA